AUGCCGCAACAGAAUCAAAAGGGGGAAGGCGACGAAGAAAGCUCACUUGUUAGUUUUAAUGAAGAAAGGAAAACCUCCGAAGCACUGGAAACUGGAGCUGGAAAAUCAGAGGAGCACAGUAAAAUAAAGAAAUUGAAAAUCAUAAGAGCACGUAAGAGAAACAGGAAGCACGAAAAGAAGGAAGGAGCUCUUAUCUUUUUUGCGAAAGGCGCGGAAGCAGCAACUGUUUGUGCACGUCGCGUGAAAUCGGGAAAAGCAUGGAUCAAUCUCGUCCCAAAACACCACAAUCUCCAUGUCGAUUCAGAGGAAGUGGUUGAACAAAGGACAACGGGAGAAACGAAAAAAAAAUCUGAGAAAAAAGAAAAGCUUCGGCAAGCUGUAAGUCAGUUUAAAGAUCUGUAUGUUUCUGUCAAUAAUGUAACAAGAUUGCUAAAUUCCAUGCGUUGA